UCUGGAUCAAUAUGCCUCAUACAGGUCAAGCGGGAGUUAAUCAAUUGGGUGGUGUCUUUGUUAACGGCAGGCCAUUGCCCGAUUGUGUUCGACAAAGAAUCGUACAACUCGCUUUGGUCGGUGUCAGACCUUGCGAUAUAUCGCGACAACUACUCGUUUCUCACGGAUGUGUCUCGAAAAUUCUGACAAGAUUUUAUGAAACAGGAAGCAUUCGACCUGGAAGCAUCGGGGGAAGCAAAACGAAACAAGUGGCAACCCCGACAGUAGUCAAAAAGAUUCUACGAAUGAAGCAAGAACAACCAACGAUGUUUGCCUGGGAAAUUCGUGAACAACUUGCCCGCCAAGGAGCUUGCGAUCCUCAAAGCUUACCAUCCGUUUCCUCUGUAAAUCGGAUUCUUCGGGGUGGAGGACUUCAUACUGAUCACACAGGGAUCGAGAGUGGUUCAUCGAGCACUUACCCUUCGCAAGUUUCUCCAAACGUCUCCAAUAGAGAUGCGAUCAUAAGAACGGAUUACCAGCUAUUUUAUCCUGGAAAUCUGGGACCACUGCACAUUUCCACAACUUCCGGCAACACUAGCACAGCAUCGUGGACUCCAAGUUUAUAUUCAUCCCUUUAUCAAGCAACAACUCUGCACUUGCAUCACGGAAUGCAUGCUUUCACAUCGUUAGAUGUAGAUCGUCUGUCAGAACAAAACGGAUCAACAAAUCAGGUGGAUUUAAAAUCCAGCUCCAGUUCCAUGGCGGGAAGCGACGAUUCCCUGGAUAAAAGUGAUCUGGACGAAAACACAGAGUCCCAGGACCAUUAUAAACCAUUUCAAAAUUCACCAAUCAUUCUGGAAUUAGGUCAAAAAAUCGGAAGCGAUCGUAGCGCCUUCGUGAGACACAGCACAUCCGGUUCAUCCGGAAGCUUCGAGGCUCGACAGAGUCCAUCUCCGACAACCAGUCAGAAACAGAACGCCUCAUCACCACGGAUGUUGGAAACCGGAAACGAACGGAGCAGCAUGGCCAAAGAAGCAACGAUCGAUGGAAGACCGAUGCAACCUCAGAGAAAAAGGAAUCCUUAUUCGAUAGAGGAAUUAUUGAAGAAAGAUGAAGAUAAAAGCGCCUCGAAGAGGCCAAAAUUGACCAACAUCGGAGUAGUACAGCCGUGCGGAACCAUCCUGAAUAAAGAAAUUUAAAGUACUUACGAGGAAUGGAAAGAAAUGGAGAAAGUUGUGCGUGAGGUGUUGGAAAAGUUUAGGAAUUUCUUUUCUCUUGUAAUUUUUUUGCUUACAUAUGUAGCAAUUUUUAAAUUUCACAGAUGUUUUAGGCAAUAAGUUUUAACCCUCCUAUGGUACACUACAUGACCCAAGCAUGUGAUUUUUGUAAAUUUUUAAACCAUCAUUUUUCACUAUUUAACUAAUCUAACUUUAAGCUACGUUUUAAAUUGAUCCAUGUAUUUAAAAAAAAGUAAAAUAAGUCCGCAUAGAAAUCAAACUUCAAACUAAAUUUAAAGUAUUACUAGAAAUUUGAUCCUUAAUGUUAGUUUUUAUGAACAUAAUAGGAGGGUUAAUUGGACUUGUACUUACGAAACACACUUGUAAAAAGUUAUAAAAACUCCUACUAACCUUUCAUUGGGAAAAGUGUAACUACUUAAAUGAUAGGUGAAUACAAUAUAAGGAAAAUAAUUACUAGAACUUGAAACACCAUACGUAAGGAUUUGAUGAUAGAGGCUAAGAUGAUUAUCUAGAUUCUUCAAUGACUAAGAAAGGAUAUUUAUGUGCCGUAGAAGCUAUUGAAGAUAAGGAUGAAAUUGUUUUAGGAUCAGAGAAAUAGAGGCUAGAAUAGAAGGCUGUAUAGUUUUGAAAGAUCACUUAUCGACUUCAUGCCAUUUUAUUGAUUCCCACUGGAAACAAACAUUUUAUUUUAAUUUACUGUGAUCUCUCACGGAAACAUCCAGAGUCAAGGUUUGUUACUGUUUCAUUUUACUAAACAAUUCAUAAAUAUUUUCAUUAAAAAAGUAUACUCUGCAUUUCAUGAUACUAUUUAUUACGUUUUUCAUUAACUUUCGUAUGAGGAUAAAGAAGAGAUCAUUCAGUAUCAGUAUCAUUCUGCUUGAAUUGCCUAAAGUCAGACAAUUAAUUUUUUGCACAAAGUUACAGUAAAUCUGAGAAUUAAUUUAAUAGAAAAUUAUUCGAGAACCCAUUCUACAAUUAAAGUUAUAAUUUCAACAGAUUGACUGACAUAGUAGUCAUUGGUAACUCGGUCGAUGAAUUUAAUUUAUUUGAUUAAUAAAAAAAAUAAAAAUUAGUAUUUAUUAAUCUAGAUGUACUAUUCGUCCGUGAUAUAUGAGAGAGACAACGGGGGAUCUUCAUUUACUCCGCCCGACCCCACUCUUAAUGUCUCUAGUUCAAUCCCCACCCAUAGGUUCCAGAGGCUAUGCCACUACCACCCACUGCUUUGAAGUCAUCGUCACCCCAUCGCUCUGUUCCACUUACGCUUGACCGAUUUAUCUGUUUUCUUCGUCAAGCGAUUCGACCAAUUACGAAAAUACUUCCGUUGCGAAGUAGGGAUAUGGGGUAGUGGGGCAUAGAUCCCUGCAAGUUUUAGCCAUGCCAUCUUCUCGCGGACGAAUAGUGCACUUGCGAUUAAAUGGCGAUGUCCCGUAUUCUCGCUCUUUACCAUAAGCAUUCCAGGGGGAAAUGACGAUGUAGGAAAUAAUCUCCCAUAUACAUACAUUGGAAUCUGGCCCUAUUUCGUUAAAAUUAAGAUUCUAAGAAUUCCUCUUUCACCUGUAUCGUCAUUAUCCUUAGGAAUCCUGACUUUUUGCUCUGCAAUUUCUACUGUGCCAGUCAAUUUGUUAAUCAAAAUUUUAAUGAUAGAAAAAGAAACUGAAAUUAGAGGAGCGAUCAUUGUACUUACUUACUACGACACGGAAAACAAUCAUAAAUUGUAUGUAAUAUUAGUAGUAUCAAUCGUCGAUCACGUAUUAUUGACUGCAAUAUUGUAGGAUAUACGGUAAGUCUGUUAAGCUAAUUUAUAAUUAAAUUAUUUUUAUCCCCGUAUCACGUGGAUAAACAAUCUGUGUCUUUGAAACGAGGUAUCACUAAAGUGUAUACAUAAUGAUGUAGAUGUUUGACGAAUUCUAAUGAUUUUAACCAGAUCAGUUAAAUGAUUUGCGAUAUAAAGUUCUUUUGCCCGCGGUUCUGCGAUUUCGUUUUGCGAACGGGAUGAUGCCAUACUAUUCUGUAGUUAUUAUUAAUAUUUGAUUUUAAUAAGUCAA